AUGGCGGUCUCCAAUUUCGUCACAAGCCAGUACUCUUCCGAGGCCUUUGUCGAGAGCUGUGGCGCAGUUGUCUUCGAUCUGUCCAAGGAACCCGCAAAGGUCUGCCUGCUGCACUACCUGGCCUUGGACGAAUGGUAUCUUGCAAAGGGCAGGCGGAACUGCGGGGAGUCCAGGCACGAGGCGGCGUUGCGGGAGGUGCUCGAGGAGACGGGCGUCCGCUGCAGACUGCUGCCUGUGGACAUGCCUACACGGGCGCCGGCGCCGGACGACGAUGCCAACGCCCCGGACGUGGCCGCCGCGCGUCGAGCGAUCACAGAGCCGUUCACGUUGACGAUUCGAAGCACCGACAAAGGGGACGGUGUGAAACUCAUCUGGUGGUACGUCGCCACCGUCGAGGGCAGGCCGGACGGGGAGGAGAAGGAGGAGAAGGAGAAGGAGGAGGAGGAGGUGAUGGCGGGAGGGGAAGCGCAGUUCGCCGCGAAAUUCUUCGUCUGCAAUCAGGCUGUCGAAAUGCUCACGUUCGAGAACGACCGCGAGGUUCUCCGAAAGGCCAUUGAUCUGGUCGGAAAACCCAUCUCCAAAUCGCAGUCAGCCAAAUAA